AGAAAAAGAAAGUAGUUGAGGAAAAGAGGGAGACGUGAUUUUACUUGGAGGAGGAAAUCAACGUAUAAAAGGCAGACGCAACUUUUGACUUGGGGAGGAGACUAUUGGAGCAGCCAUAUUUUCGGAGCAGUGAGACUUGAGCGACGGGAAAAGAGAUAGCAGACGGAGGGAGCAAAAAUUGAGCAAUUCAUCAUCAUCCUCUCCAAAUUUACUCCAAGACUUUUAGGAAGUUAUUUUCAUCUCUAAAAUUAUCUUUCUGCUAUUAUGCACUUCAUGGUGUUGCUGGAGCUUAUGCUAGACGAAUAAUUGUGGAAUAGUUGGAUGCAAAGGAACGCUCCUUGCUUAAUUGUGCUCCCGAAGAAGAUUUUGGCAGAGGACAUCCUGAUCAUAAUCUGACAUAUGCAAGGGAACUAGUGGCUCGUGUGAGGUUGAGCAAGUCAGACAACAAUCCGGACCAGCCGAGUUUGGUGCGGCAACAGAUGGAGAUGUUGACCACAAUAUGGAUUUCGGAAAAGGGUUCUUUGUCACCCCAUCUGAUUUUGUUGCUAUUAUAGCUGCAUAUGUUGUUCAAGCUAUAUCCUAUUUUCCCGGUGGACUUAAAGGAGUUGCACGGAGCAUGUGCACAUUAGCUGCUCUUGAUGUCGUAGCUAAAAACACGAAUCUGAUAUUCUUUGAGAUGCUAACUGGACGGAAAUUCUUUGGCAUGACUACACACUUGGAGCCGGAACUUGCUCUUGCUCUUAGAAUAUCAAUGGAUGAGGAGAACGUUUUAGACGCUGCAAAUAAGCAAAACCGUCAAGAGUCUAUUUUUAAUUUAUUGGAUCUGCUCUUAAGUGAUGAUAUGAUGUCUGGGGAUGAUAACUCUGAUGAAUCUAAUGAGUGCAACAAAGGCACACCAAAGAAGGCAAAUGGAAAUGGUAAUGAGGAGUUCAGGAAGGUUUUGGAAGAAUUGGGUGUUUUGUUGAGUAGUGUUGAAGUGGGUGAAUUUGUACCUUGGCUUUGCUGGAUCAAUUAGGAUGAGUGGGAGAGUUAGGGGAGAUACUCGAUAUAUUGAUGAGUUUUUGGAGUUUGUGGUAAGAGAUCAUAUUGGUGAGAGACGGGAAGGAGAGAAGUAUUUUGUUGAUGUUUUGCUUGAUGUGCCGAGGAAUGAGAGAGUUCGUGGGCAUAUGCAUACAUUUGAUCCAGGUUGGGAUACCUCGACAAAGCUUUUGUUCGCCACACUCUUCUUUUUGUCGUGGUUUCCACCUUGAGGACAAGAUGAAUUUCAACCGUGGGAGAGUUGAUACAAGUAUAUAUCCACAUAAUAUCCCAUAUCUCUAUUAUAUAAUAUAUAAUUGAUUUAGCAUAUCUUUUUUAUUUCUUGGUCAUUAAGUUAGGUUAUUCCUAUU